GCCACUGCUGCCCCUCCCGUCCCCAAAGCUCUUCAUCAGUCGUGUGACUUACGCCAGGGUCGUCUGCGGUUCACCCUGACUCCAUACAUGGCCUUAAUGUACUUUUUAAGGAAUUUGUGCUGGAACCACAGUGAACGGUGGAAGAGAUCAAGAAGAUGAAGAUUGGUGAUCCGCUGGACAGAUCUACAGACCACGGGCCCCAAAACCACAAAGCCCAUCUAGAAAAGCUGCUGCAGUACUGUGAAACUGGGGUGAAGGAAGGGGCCACCCUGGUAUACGGAGGACGACAGGUGCAGCGGUCAGGCUUCUUCAUGGAACCAACUGUGUUCACAGACGUCGAGGACCACAUGUACCUGGCCAAAGAGGAAUCCUUCGGGCCUAUCAUGGUCAUUUCUAAGUUUCCAAACGGGGACAUCGAUGGAGUUCUGCGCCGAGCAAAUAACACCGAAUAUGGUUUGGCCUCUGGGGUUUUCACCAGAGACAUCAACAAGGCCAUGUACGUGAGUGACAAGCUAGAGGCGGGAACGGUUUUCAUCAACACCUACAACAAGACAGACGUGGCCGCCCCUUUCGGCGGAGUGAAGCAGUCCGGCUUUGGGAAGGACUUAGGUGAGGAAGCCCUGAAUGAAUACCUCAAAACCAAAACAGUGACACUGGAGUAUUAGAGCAACGCUAGCAUCAGGAAGCCAUUGACCAACAGUCGCUGAUGAACAAGGAACGAUCUGGGAGCCACAAAAAUAUACAGAAGGACCAAAGAAGACCAAAAAGAAGAUUGCGCCACUUGUGCGGCCAUUUGCCCGAGUAUUGGGUCUCUUGGGGAGCAUUUGCACAAGGACCUCAGUAAAUUCCAGUACGCAUCUUUCCUAUCACAGAGUGUCUUACCUCCGUCAGGUUUUAACAACGUUGGUUAUUGUUGGUAUUUCUAAGUGUGGGAGUCUGCUAUCUCUCGGGAAGAACUAUUCUCUUCAAGGCCUUCCUUCCUCACUCAGCUAUAAUAUAUAGGACUUCUGGGUCUCUAAUCCCUGAGCCAUACAUACAGGAUACCAACAAUUAUUUCUUUACUUUUGCUAUCAAAGAACAGGCUAUCCCCAUAGAAUGUGAUGGCUGUCCUUUUCAUUCCCAUAGUAAAGUGAUCUUGGUGCCUUUGACUAUUCUGUUGCCCAUCAUGACAUGACAAAUGAGCACCCAGGAAAACUUCCUCCAGAACUACCAGCCUGGUACAAAGUUAAGUUCUGAGGACACCAAAAUUACUGACAUUGUCUUUGGUUCUAUAAUUUAAACCCCAGUAAACAUCUUUCUAAGCGAAUUUUGGGAGGUAAACAGCGUGAGACAGCCAAUCUUAGUCAUAAUAGACUGCCUUACUGUCUGGCUUGGAAAAAAUGACCCACCUUCUCUGAGCUUUCUAUGUCUUACUUGUAAAGAGGGGAUCGCAGUGCCUUCUCACAGCUCUGCCUACAAGGACUCCGUGCAAUAAGCAACGCCCCACCACGGUGCUUCACUUGAAAUACUCAAUUGAAGUCUUUCUUUCUGUCACUAUUUUAGAAGUAGUAAGUUAACUGGCUGCACGAGGGAACUUCUUAGAAGGCUCACUAAUCAGUGAAGCUAACUGGUGGGUAAAUGAACUACCUACACUUCUCAGUCAUCAGUGCUUGGAUCCUCUUCCCGCCCAUUCUCCUCACCUAUGGCAUGCGACAGUACAUGCCAACACGUCACAUACAGCACAAUGCGACAACUGUCGUGCCGUAAAAAACGGUGCUCAUUUGCAAUAGUUCACGUCUGUAACGCCAGACUCAGGAGGCCAGGACAGGAUGACCGCUGUCACUUGAGGUCAUCUGGACUAUGCAGAAAGCUCGAGGCCAGUCUGGGUAUCAGAAACAGUAACAAAAGCCAGUCUUUAAAAUGUCAAUGGCAUCAGGGAAAGCAUCACCCUCUCCGUGGCUUUCCUCCUAGCUGCCUACUCACCUCCUCAUGGGACACUCUUGAGUCCCACUCUUUUACCUGUUGGCUCUGCUGCUCGCUGGCUGUGGGAUGUCAGGCAGGUUGGCGACCUCAAGUCUCUAUGGCUUCAUUUGGUGUAUGAAAGACGGUGAUGAACGAACGCCAUGACUUACUUGGAUAGUGAUGGCCUGCAUUUGCCCAGCAUCUGCAUGACAUCAUUGAAGAGCUGGCCGCUGCUCCUGUGUGGUGCUCACGUUGUAUCCCGCUGUGACACGGGUUAAACUACUGCUUCUGACAUGUAACCAGAUGAUGGGAGACUUCCUGGUCACAGAAGGUGGCCACAUCAGUUAGCUUCACUUACAUCUUUCUUUUGAAGUGCAACUUCAAUGAACACUCCUUCUCCGGCAUGGCAGACACUCCUGAGAAGUGCUCGCUCCUUAGAAGACUAUACAGGGGUGUGUACGAAUAACAGGAGAGGCAGAAAACGUUCCCAAGGAAAGACCCUAGCUUGACCAACGCAGCAAAUACUGCCUUCCAGCACGUUUUAUUACACUACAUUCCAUUAUAGCAGUUAACCCAUUCAAUCUUGCCAGAUGAUGGUGAACGAAGCUGUUCUUUACCUGUGCCCAUACACGACAUCAUCUUACAGAAUAUUGUGUCUCUGCUUCCUCCCCAGUUGUGGUCCUUUUCAAAGUCUGUCAGCCUUGAAUCUCUCCUCAGAACCUAAAGGUUUGUUUAAAAUAAAACUCAGUGUACUUACUACAUCCCAUGCACCUCAGUCCUCUGACUUCACCUCUGUUGACUUCUCUAUGUUCUGUCUGUCCUGGAUGCUCUGAUGUUCCUGACACACCAAACCUGCCCACCUCGGGGCUGCUGAAGACAUUGCUUCCUUAUGC